ACACUAAACGGCGCAGCGAGACAAGUGUAUACCUGAGGCAGUCUACCUCCUGACAAAAUGAGGGAAAUCGUUCACCUGCAAGCUGGCCAGUGCGGAAAUCAGAUUGGAGCCAAGUUUUGGGAAGUGAUUAGUGAUGAACAUGGCAUUGACCCAACUGGCACAUACCAUGGUGACAGUGAUCUGCAGCUGGACAGGAUCAAUGUCUACUACAAUGAAGCUUCAGGUGGUAAAUAUGUUCCCCGAGCUGUGCUUGUGGACCUGGAGCCAGGCACCAUGGACUCCGUGAGAUCUGGGCCCUUCGGCCAGGUCUUCAGACCAGACAACUUUGUUUUUGGCCAAAGCGGUGCUGGAAACAACUGGGCCAAGGGUCAUUACACAGAGGGAGCUGAGCUGGUGGACUCUGUCCUCGACGUGGUGAGGAAGGAAGCCGAGAGCUGUGACUGCCUCCAAGGCUUCCAGCUUACACAUUCUCUUGGUGGUGGUACCGGCUCUGGUAUGGGCACCCUGCUCAUCAGUAAAAUCCGUGAGGAGUACCCUGACCGCAUCAUGAACACCUUCAGUGUGGUUCCUUCUCCCAAAGUAUCAGACACGGUGGUUGAGCCCUACAAUGCCACAUUGUCAGUCCACCAGCUUGUUGAGAACACAGAUGAGACGUACUGCAUCGACAAUGAGGCCCUGUACGACAUCUGCUUCCGCACCCUGAAACUUACAACACCCUCGUACGGAGACCUCAAUCACCUGGUAUCUGCCACCAUGAGCGGUGUCACCACCUGCCUCAGGUUUCCCGGACAGCUGAAUGCUGACCUGCGUAAGCUGGCUGUCAAUAUGGUGCCAUUCCCCCGUCUGCACUUCUUUAUGCCAGGCUUUGCCCCCCUCACCAGCCGAGGCAGCCAGCAGUACAGAUCCCUCACAGUGCCAGAGCUCACCCAGCAGAUGUUCGAUGCCAAGAACAUGAUGGCUGCCUGCGACCCCCGUCAUGGCCGCUACCUGACUGUGGCCGCCAUCUUCCGCGGGCGCAUGUCCAUGAAGGAGGUGGACGAGCAGAUGUUGAAUGUGCAGAAUAAGAACAGCAGCUACUUCGUGGAAUGGAUCCCCAACAAUGUCAAGACUGCUGUCUGUGACAUUCCUCCCCGUGGUCUCAAGAUGGCUGCGACCUUCAUCGGCAACAGCACAGCCAUCCAGGAGCUGUUCAAGCGCAUCUCUGAGCAGUUCACUGCCAUGUUCAGGCGCAAGGCUUUCCUCCACUGGUACACAGGUGAGGGUAUGGAUGAGAUGGAGUUCACAGAGGCAGAAAGCAACAUGAAUGAUCUGGUGUCUGAGUACCAGCAGUACCAGGAUGCCACAGCUGAGGAGGAGGGAGAGUUCGAGGAGGAGGGUGAAGAGGAGUUGGCCUAAAUGUCAAUUUAAUUGCUGUUUUCAAGCUGUAUAAUUUCUGACAUGUCAGGAUCUUUCCAGUGUUCUAUUCCUACCUUAAGUCUGUUGUUCCGUGUUAUCUUGUCUGUACAGUCUCAAAAUACAUGUCAAUAAAAAAAAACCUUUUUCAUAAA